GGGGAGGAAGAAGUCAGAUUUAAUACAGAAUGAAACUUUUAGUUUUGUAUCACACUAAUAAAUGUGUAACUUUCUUCUAAUACCCCUCCCCAUUUGGCUUUACUGUAAAGCAAUCGUGGGCUAAUAAGAUGGUUGAUUUCCACCCCCAUCUGACACUGCUCUCUUGUGAGUAUUGAACUCUUCCUGACUGGAGAUCCUAUCUGACUUUUUCUUAUGGAGCACAGUCAGUUUGGAACGCCAGAAUUAGUUAGAUCAUUUCCAGCUAAUGCAUUGUUGUUUUGAAUUAAGUCUCCCCCCCCCCUUCUUUUCGCACAAUGGAAAGCAUGUGGGAAGUGUUGAUUGGACAGCCAAUUCCAGAGCGCCUGGGUGCUACCAAGCAGUGAGGCUCAGGGGCUGCCAGGGGUGCUCAGCAGGGCUGUCCGGUGCUGGAACCUUUGUAGGACAUCUGCAGUGCUCCAGAAAUUCUCGUGGUGAAGUGGCAAACUGGUGCAGCUGAGCUUAUCGGUGUGCACAGGUGCUGCAGGCAGCAGGACAAUUACUGGAGGACUGCGCCACAUCAUCCUAAUUAGAGGCUUGAUCUAGAUAAGCAUCUAAAUAUCUAGGGCACUGAACUGUGAUUCAGAAGGUAAAUGCAGUUCCCAGCUCGGCUUUGCCUGCUGCCCUGCUCCUCAGUUUCAUUUGCAUCUGAUGCUUCAGUUCCUUCAUCUGACAAAUGGGGUCAGCUAUUUUGCCAUCACUUGUGAAAGCUGUGAAUAAAAGCAGAGCUGUGUAAAGUCAGGAUUAUUUUAGAAACACUUGGCGAAGAGAAAUGUUAAUUACGGGAAUUGUUCUUGAUGUUUUCUCUCUUCUGUGCGGAGUCCAAAUGGGGGCCUGCGUUUAUUCUGUACGAGCCACUUACACACAAACCUCCCGUUGCUCUCAGUGGAGGCUGUGUGCAUGGAUUAUUGAUGCGAUAUGAUCCGCGUCAGUUGGUGUUCGUCUCAGCCUCCUUUUGUGCUCUGAUUAAAAUAUCUCUGUGGUUCACUUCAUCCAGGAAGUCUCUCCCCCUCCCUCUCCUCGCUUGGUUUAAAAUCGCACAUUCUGUGAUCUCAGCGAGGCUUUUCUUACCUACUCAGUGUUGUUCUGCAGCGGUGGUGCUGCUGAAUGGGGAUCUUCACCCUGAAUGUUGCAGCAGGUGUGCAGAAGGCAGGCUGGAAUAGUACUCCUCUUUGUUCCUCUGAACUUGAGUUGUGCAGUUGCUUCGUAGUCUCCAAAUCCAGCUCAGUGCCAUUCCAUGUGGAAAAGCCAAUGGGAUCGAGUACUGAGUGGCUUCUGUAUGCAUGUUUGUUUUGAGCUCUCAUCGGGCAUGCUAAAAGGCUAAAAUCUUGCUUCUACUCAGCAAAUGCACGAAGUUCUAGCACGGACUGUGACAGUGAGGUUUCUCUACUGCUGCCAGAGCUGUUUGUUUCCAAAUGUUGAAGCUUUCCUUGGGGUUGGAGAGCAGUUCAGCUGCCAGCCUGUUGUUGGCCAUGCUCGCCAGCGAUGGUGCCAGUUAGCACGUGGGUUUCUGGUAUGGAGGCAGGCCAUCAGGAGCUGGACCAAAGGAGCAGAUCAUCUUGCAGAAGACUCAGAACAGAUUUGCUGCCAAACCAAAUUUAGCAAGAUGACUUGUAUUUUUCUGUGUGGCAAAACAGUUAUCUGCUUAUAGGUAAAGGCUGUUAAAUGUAAUUAAAAAAAAACUACCCCCCAAAAAUCUCUUCAUAGAAAGUUGUUUUAAAAUUAUCUGUAUACAAUCCAGAGGUUGCUGAGAUAGUGUCUUUCAAAGGCAGAUAUUAAAGAUAGGGGAGUUCAUGUGACCUGCUCAUGGUUAUAGACGUUUGCUCUGCAUUCAAGCCUGAGUUUGCAUGUUUUGUUUAAAAUAAAAGAAACUCACAAAAUAAGAGAUGUGUUUAAUAAAGAAGAAUACUAACUUUGUUUUUCUCCAGGCUCAUCAAAGUGCAUAGCUGGUACUGGUGGUUUUAAGAAGUCGUCCCAAAAGCUCUUUGGAGUUUUAAGUAAUGCUGAGAAAGUGCCAAGAACAAAACGAUGCACCUGAGUUUUGGACUAACCUCCCAUCCUGGUUCUAGGAAGAGAAAUAACAGCACAUUCAGACAUACAGCACAAAAUAAACCAACAUAGAUGUCGUCUGUCAGCCAGCAGGGCUUCAAACUAAGUCUCUUUUUGCAAAAUAAAUACUUCUCCAUGCUCAACUUACCUCAAUUUGCACAGAUUACAUGUUUGUUCACUAGGGUCUUAACUUUUAUCCCCACAUGCAUCAGUAUUAGUAAUUACGUUGUAAAUAUGAGUUAUUUCUAGUGGUAUCAGAAAAUAGACUUCUUAAUUGCAAUAAGAUGUUAAGGUUUUUCUUAGCCUAAUGUUUGAUACUUGUAGCUGUGGCUUGGAAGAAGACAUUACAUUUUUGCUGAUAAAAUUUCCGGAGAUUGCCAGACUUGAUGAAUUGUUGAGUAGUGGGAUUUGGUGGCUGGUGCACAGCAGCAUAAUCAGGGCACGGGUUUUAGUGGAACAGUGUGCCUCUAACAUAGCAUCUGUGGAUUAUUACAUCUAGGAAAAAACCCUGUAGGGUUUACUUGGAGGAACAGAGUACUUUGCAGAGCAAUGUCUGGGAAUCACAGCAAUAGCCAUGUGAAAGUGGCUUUCCCAUGUGCUGCUGUUACGAAAUGGAUAUUGCAGUCUUGUAAUAUCAGUGGAGCGUAAGAGCCUUUACCAGGUGAGGGGCUGCGUGUCUCGAGGCAGCACAGUGCUUUCCAGGAGACAUCCUGCAGUUCGCAUCAAGUUUCUCAGUCUGAUCCCCUUCUUUCUUUAUGGAAUUUUCAACGCUUUCUUGAGGGAAAGUGAAUGAAAUAGUGUGGCUUUCCUCCAGUUCCUUCUGCUUGCCAUCUUUUCCACCUAUAAGUCUCCCCCUUGCUGGCACAGCUUUUAGCUCUUGAUAAAAAGCUGUGAGCCGUUCUGCUUAUACUGUAGCUCCAUCUUAUCCACUACUAUCUUUUGCUCGCUUCCUUUCCUCCCCAAGCAAGCAUGCGUUUCUCUCUUUCAUUUUAUACCCUGUCUUUGGCUGCAGUUGCUUGCUGAACUACUGCCCCAUCUCCUUUUCAUGUUGAAAGUCACUGAAUGAGCUGUUUGCAGUCACUGUCUGAAGAGCAUCUCCUCCAGGUUCAUCCUAGGUCCUUUCCACACUUGUCCUGACCCCUCGUGCUUGGAACGUUCCCUUCCUUGUUGUCCCUCCAGCUGUCUCUAGUCCUGUUUACUAUGCUUUUCUUUUUUGAAAUCUUGCUCUUUCUUGGCUUCUUUCUCUGUUGGCUCCUCACUCCCCUCCUGUCUCGUUAAUCCCUUUUUCAUAUGGAAACUGAUCUUUCUGCUUCCAACUUCUUGCUAAGAUUUGCAGGGCUCUGUGCUUGCUUUAAUGCUCUCUUCUUCGCUACAUCUUCAUCUGGACAAUCAAAUUUGCAAAUAAAAAUUGAACAAUCAUGUUUGAAGUGAUGACUCACGGCAUAUACUGCCUGCUCUGGUUCCACUGCCAUCUGUCCCAGCUAAUAUGUUGGCCUGUUUGACAUCUUGGGAUUGCAUAAUUGUCAUAUUAAGCUUAACAAGUCUGAAACAGAGCUCCUGAUGUUGUUUCCAGCUAUGGCCUUUCUUGGUGCCUGUGGAUGCACAGUGACAUUGCCAGUGGUUAUUGACAAGGAAAUAAAUCAGAUGUUUUAGUUUACUCUUUCCUAAAGGACAGUAUGUAGAAAACUUAUAUAGAACUGUCAUUAAAAGGGCAACACAAAACCCUUUGAAGACUUUUGCAAUCUGAAACUUAAGAAAUAAGUUGUAUUUUCCUAUGUAGUAUUCAUUUUCAUGUUUGAAUGCCUGAGUAGAUUUAAUCUGAUCGUGGGUUCAUGUGCUGUCUGCAAGCUUCUAUGUGGGGCUGGGCUGCACGAAGAGUGCUGGUUUGUGACGAUAAGGAAUAUUUGCAGGUUCUUUCUUCCUUUUGAAGCUGAAUCACUUUGUCAUCCUGUAGUUCAAAAGUGCUUAAGCAUAUGCUGAAGGAUUGUGCUCACUUAAUGAAGAGUUUGGACACAGUGACCGUGGGCUUCUUUCACCACGGAUAAAAAGAAGCAAUUAUCAGCUGUUCUAUUGGAAAAACGUGUCAGCUUGUAGAACUGCAGGACAGGAGUCCCACGGUGGUGAUGGACACGUGAUGUUUUACCUUCAGAUUUAUGGAAGCAAAGAAAAAAUUCGUGUGAACCGCCAUCACUGGUAUUUCUGAGCUCUUUGCUAUGCAUUCUUUUAGAGCAGUGUGUUCUAUAGGAGAGGUAUGCGACUUAAAUAGUAAAAGUAUAUUUAAUUAUGCCAUUUGUAUAACUUUAGCAUCUAGCAAAUUGUUUUUAAUUGCGUAUGACUUCCUUCUUUCAACUCCCAACAAUUUCAUGGGAAAACUUAGUAUUGCAAAUAUUUUGGACGGCAGUAUUUCCUUUUACUGGGAUAGACACAGAAAAUCCACUAGAAAACCAUGUGUUCUGUGGUCCUCUGGGAUUUGCCUGAAGAAGGAAAUGGCCUGACCUAUUUGGUUGCUAUGAAGUAAAAACAUUCUUGUUCUUUUUUCUAUUUUUUUUUAGUGAACAUCUGUGUCACAUUUAUUUCAUUACUUUCUGAGGUUUUUUAAACCCAUUAUUUGGUAAUAUGAAGUUUUAUUUAAAGAAAGUAGUGAUGCUUAGCUGCUCCUACAUUUGUGCUGUAGUUCCAAUAUCUGUUUCGGUGUAAGUGGGGGGCUUUUCCAGUUAGAGCUGACAUGCAAGAAGGUACAUACAAAUAUUAUCCAACAUUUCCCAGGAAGAAAUGUCUCUGACAAAGUCAGGUCUUGCAGAGUUAGCAGGAGGUGUAGCACGCUGGAAGCUCAUGAGCCAUCAUUUGGGUUCUUGUGUAGGACGUGAAGUACGGGAAAUCCUUGAUCUGAUUUUUCAGCAGGUUGGGCUUUGUGGCGUGGUUUUACUAAUUACCCUGGUUUUCAGAUGUUCUGAUUAUUAUAGAAUGGAAUAGUUGCCUUAUGCUGGGUGUGUGGAGGACUUGUGAAACUGAUACUGUUAUUUUGCAACCAAAUGGAAAUUGUACCAAGGGUAGAUUUUCCUGCACGAAUAUUAACUAAUAAUGCUUCUGACUGAAUUUCAUAAGGAAGUUCUUCAGUUCAAAAUGAGAAUUGUGGGUAAGUUCAUUUUGAGAGCAUUGAGUCCGAUUUCAGAUCUGGCAUUCCCUAUCAGAUGGAGCUGCUCAGGUGGAUUUUGGGAAGCUGCUGUUCUUGCAGGUGUGAGUCCUUCAUAUCAAAGGAGAAAAGUCACCUUUUUUUUUAUUUCUUAGAUGCAGUACCUCUGGUUCCUUAGCAAAACAAGAAAGCUGUAUGGAAACAAUGGAACACAGUUUAUGGAAGAGCUGUAGUGUCUCUGCCUUCUGCUGCGGUUGUCCUGAGGUUUUUGGUCUCCAGUGCCAAACCCUCCGUCCCUUCCUUACAGAGUUCUGUGUCUGGCACCCAUCCGUGUGUGUUUAUGUGGCUCAUAAAGCAAUGUCCUGCAGCUGCUGGGAGCAGAGCUGAUGCAGGGUGAGGGAGCGGCUCAGCAGUAGCUGUGGGAAUUGCUGUUGGUGUGCACCAGUUCUCAUGCAGCCCGUAACAGCUUCCCUUUGGUUAAACUGUGUUGGAAUGGAGCAAUAUGCAGGAUGUGCUCUGGCAAAAGGAGUAGAUGGGUAGGAAGGACACAUCUCUCUGCUGCUUGCUCUCCCUUUCUUACAUGCACAAAAAGGCUGAAGAAGAACUGGCGUGUGCAAGCAGGGAAAUGGCCUCCUAUUUUCUGUCAGAACUGUGAGAUGUAGUCAUGUAAUGAGUCCCCUCCACGUUUUUAUGCAGCUGUGUCGUUAUCCUAAGUGCAACUUCCAGCAUGGAGCUGUGUUCUGUGCCAUCACAUUCGGAGUGCAGAAUACCAUUCAGGUUGUUUGCUUGCUCAGUUCCGAGUUUUCAGAAGCUUUUAUUUGCUGUUAGAUUUUCACUUUGGUGCACUGUAAAUAUCAUGGUCCUUAAUGAGAUCUUUGUUCGGCUCACAGGCAGUGUUGUCUGUAGGGUCAGAUGCUGACAGCAGCGGGUCCCGCUGCCUCCCAAGGCAUGCUGUGAGAGGGGGAGUUGGCAAAAGGGGCAUUUAUAAGCACAUUGCUGAUGACAAAAUAAGGGCUUAUUGUUGCUGGAAGGAGGAUUUUUUUUUUUUUAUAUUCAGUAAUCAGAUUCUGAGUCCUUUCCCCCCCCCGUUUAAGUGUGGACUAAUGAACUUCCUGCCUAGGCAUUCAAAUUGACCCAAGAGGAAUUUUCCCACCAGGCUGUAUGCUCCCUCUGAGCACAAUUUUGACCACUUGCAAAUCCCAUUUUUGAAUUUGUAAAUCUGCUGCGUGUUUUUGUGGCUGCAUCUCCUGCCUGAGCAGCCAAAGGCUGGGAAGGAAGGCUUUCCCAAGCAGCUGAGCUAAGCCAAGUGCCAGCAAGAAGAGGUGGUGGCUCUGGAAUGGAGAAACUGUUCCUUGGGAGGAACCUUGCAAAUUAAAUGUGUUUUCUGGCUCUCAAAUCCUACCCAGGACAGGGAAGGAGCAUGGUGCUGUAUAGGACCGUUCUGAGUCCUUGAGAAGACCGUGUAGCCCUGACUCCUUUCUUCUAUAUGUGAAGUGCUCAGCUGUUUGGGAUCGCCUGUGCAGGAGCUACAGCGUGUGAACCAUGCUGGCUGAUGGUCCCUUGUAGUAGAUCUAUGGAGUUUAUUGAUUCAGGAUUCUCUUGGAGCCCCACAAACCAGGCCCUUAAUGUUCAGCUAAACAUCUUCAGGAGCCUCGCUCAGCCCAAAUGCCUGAUGACCUCUCCAUAGAAGAAAGAGAAGAACUUCUAAAUAUUCGUCGCAGGAAAAAAGAACUGAUUGAUGAUAUUGAGAGAUUAAAAUUCGAAAUAGCUGAGGUUAUGACAGAAAUCGAUAAUCUGACUAGUGUGGAAGAAAGCAAAACUACACAAAGAAAUAAGCAAAUAGCCAUGGGAAGGAAGAAAUUCAACAUGGACCCUAAGAAGGGAAUACAGUUUCUGAUAGAAAAUGACCUCUUGCAGAACACUGCAGAAGACAUUGCACAGUUCCUUUACAAAGGAGAAGGAUUAAAUAAAACGGUAAUCGGCGAUUACCUCGGUGAAAGAGAUGAAUUUAAUAUUAAAGUUCUUCAGGCUUUUGUUGAACUCCAUGAGUUUGCUGAUCUCAAUCUUGUACAGGCCUUACGGCAGUUUCUGUGGAGCUUCAGACUCCCAGGAGAGGCUCAGAAAAUUGAUCGUAUGAUGGAAGCUUUUGCUUCGCGCUACUGCCUUUGUAACCCAGGUGUCUUUCAGUCUACAGAUACCUGCUAUGUGCUGUCGUUUGCGAUCAUCAUGUUAAAUACCAGUCUGCACAACCACAACGUAAGAGAUAAACCAACAGUAGAGAGGUUUAUUUCUAUGAACCGUGGCAUUAAUGAAGGUGGAGACCUUCCAGAAGAAUUGCUACGGAAUUUAUAUGAAAGUAUUAAGAAUGAGCCAUUUAAAAUUCCAGAGGAUGAUGGAAAUGAUCUAACGCAUACAUUUUUUAAUCCGGAUAGAGAAGGUUGGCUGCUGAAAUUAGGAGGGGGAAGAGUAAAAACGUGGAAACGAAGGUGGUUUAUUUUGACUGAUAACUGCCUGUAUUACUUUGAAUACACAACUGACAAAGAGCCCAGAGGGAUUAUUCCAUUAGAAAAUCUUAGCAUAAGAGAAGUGGAAGACCCUAGAAAGCCAAACUGCUUUGAGCUCUAUAACCCCAGUCAUAAAGGCCAAGUGAUUAAAGCCUGUAAAACUGAAGCUGAUGGCAGAGUGGUGGAAGGCAACCAUGUAGUGUACAGAAUAUCUGCUCCCACCCCAGAAGAGAAAGAAGAGUGGAUUAAGUCUAUCAAAGCAAGUAUCAGCAGGGAUCCCUUUUACGAUAUGCUGGCAACAAGGAAACGAAGAAUUGCAAACAAGAAAUAGGACUUGAUCGGUAGCAUGUAUACCUGCAUCCACUUCUACAUGGGCUAUAAUGGAGUGAUAAUGUAAACCUUGGGCAAACUAAAGGAAGACAGUAACUGUAAAUUUUAUAUAUAUAUAUAUAUACACACACACUUUACUGUGACAUAAAACCUCAGCAGGACCUUUCAGAGUAGUUAUUGGCAUGUAAUUUGAAGUAAGCUUCAAAUCCCAGAGGAUAAUUUUCUUGGAAUGUAAUUGAACUGAAGAUAUGGAAGCUUUGUUUCCACUUGUGUUAGUUGUAACUACAUUGGCCUUGGACUGGGAGGGAACAAAUAGUAAAAUAUCGGAUACCUGUUUCUUGAGCUCAUUGCCCAUAAAUGGAGAAGUGUUUUAAGUACUCUUCUCUCAGUUGAAUGCAACACUAAAAACUGGAGUAGAGGGCAGCCUAGCACUUAACUUUUCUGUAGGCAGGAAACCCACAAUCUCCGUAACCGUUUUCAAGCCUUUAAAUGGAGCCCUCAGUUAGAGCACGUGCUCCACCUUCUGUAGAAAUAGCUUUUCUUCUUUGGAAGUGCAGCUCCGUGUCAGACGAGCAGCUACAUCAUUAACAAGUUGUGCCAAAGGGUUGGAGUGAAUGCACUGAAACACAGACAGGUCCCACCAGCAGAGGCCUGUCGGCAGCCAUGACACUGUGCACAGAUGUGGUUUGGUAUUUGCCAGAAGGCAAAAACUUUUCAGUCUGCUCCCACAAUAAGCAGUGAGAGUUAAUGACUGGUUUAAUCUGCUUUUUAUAUAUUAACAUCCUUCCUAUGUUUUAGAUGCACUGUAGUUUAAUUAACACUAUUAGUAUUAAAGGAAUAAGGUGACAGAGCUUGCAUGAGUUGCAAGGGUUCAGGCUCCGCAUGUGAAAACACCCUGAAAUAAUAAUUUCACAUGCAAUUAACGUUUUUAAAGGGGGAAAAACCAGGAAAGUGUAAUCUUUCUGUAAGACACAGCCCUCGGUAGGUGAGCAAGCAGCACUGAUUCAUUCCCUUUGCUUGAUAGCAAACUUUGAACAUACAGAAAAUGUAAAUAUUUUCAUUACAUUCUUAGAAGAUAUUUUUUUCAGACUUGUACUUCAGUAGCUGAAGUUGAGAACGGGAGCGGAUAUCCUUAUUUUUACCUAAAGAACACAACCUCAGUGUCAGUUACCCACUGCAAUGAGCCCUGCGCAGUUUCCAGUAACUUACGAAGAUGAGUGAUGUGCUGAGGCUCGUGCUGUCACAACACUGUCCCGGUGGCAGUGCACGUAACAUCCUUGAAGUGAAGCCCCUCACUGCACACUGAGAGCAGAAAGUAUUUUCUAGCAAUACCUUUUUUUUUUUCCUGUCUUGUUGACCCUGAGCCAUGCCUGCUGUGCCAGUGGAUGCCUGGGUGACACGGUGUGAUGCCAAAGCAGUAUCUUGGAUAUGCAACAGGGAAUUCUGCUGCAGCAGCAAGAAGACACUAAGUUAUCUUUUUCAAAUCUCAUUUUACCUUUGAAGUACAGUCUGACUUGAGGUUGCUGUCUUACAGAUUUGCAUUGCUUUGCGCAGGGUUUCAGCCUGACUGUUUUGCUUUAAUGCAUGCUUCAGAACAAGGCUGAGGACACACUGGGGUCACCUUUCCUACACCACAGAUUUUCCCCAGAGCAUGUGGAAUUGCAGGCUGCUUGGAUGAAUGCUCAGAUCUGAGUGAGAAGCAAAACUCAGCCAAAGGAGGUAGAAUCCUGAUACUUAUUAUUAAGUAUCACUGUGGGAUAUCUUUGCUGAAUGGAAGCCAUUUAAGCUCUAUGGAAACGAAUGAAGUUGUCCGUGGUGUCUGCGAAGCAGCAUGACGAUGCAGCUGCUAUGUAACGACUUGAGUCUUCUGCUGCACAACUUCAAGUUCUCCUUUGGAGCCAUGCACUCCCCAGUUCCAGCUCCGGAUGAGACUUGUCAUGCAGUGAUGAGCCCAAACAGGAGCUAGUGAGUGCACAGGUAAAACACAGCAAAGUCUAUUCCUGGAGAAAUAUGAGAUUACCAAAACAUUAAUAAGCCAUGAAGCACUUUUUUUUAAAAUUGAUUCUUAUCUUCUGAGAUAUCUGCAAGAAAAUGUAUUUAUUUAACCAGAUGAGGAAGUCUGCUGAUGAGCAUGAAGGAAAUGCCUUGAGAGUUCAUUUGCUGUAUGUAGGUGGAAGUUCUUAUAUCCUGCACAAGUAAUUAUUUACAGUAACAGGUAUCUUAGGAUAUUAUAGCAGGAAAUAUAUUAUUUUGUAGCAUUAAAAUGUGACAUCUAAAACAGCUACUUGCGGUGCUCAGUAUAGCUAUUUAAUUUACCAAAGCUGAUGGAAUGUCUUUCUCGUUUGUAAUGAUUUUGGUUUCAAAUGGUGGUUGGUUUUUUUUGUAACAGUAUUAUCAUGGAGUGAAACUGGCCCAGAAUUUCCACUGGUCAUGAGGCCAGUAAAACAGAGUGGCUUGUGAAAAUUUUGGCCAAGUUCAGGUACUGUCCAUGAGGGUGAAGAAAAAUCUCUCAACCUUUCCCUUCCUGAUUGGGCUUCAAGUCCAGGUGUAGCUACCAUGACGAGCUGCUCUGCGGCCUAAAGCAAUAUCUGUUACAGUUGGGCCGUGCUGAGGCAAAGUCCCCUGGGAAUGACAGCCUUCUCCCUUCCUGCUGCACUGAAAGCUGUGUAAUUGUUCAGCUCUCUGGUUUUACCAUUGCCUUUUGAAACUACAGGGGCCAGCAAGAGCCACCACUGCUUCUGCCACACGUAUGGCUUCUCUGAAUAUCCCAACCUUCUGGCCACUAACUUCAGCCACGGUGCCAGAGCAGUCUGGGGAGAGAACUGUAUAUAAUACUUAAGCUCAGCUGGACUGACUUAAAUUUUACAAUAUUCUGACAAAAUAAGCUCUACGUUGCUUAACAUCUUGAACAGUUUUAAACCGGUACAAAACAACCUUUAUAAACCAAGCAGCAUUUAUAAUGCUUCAUAUAUAAAAACAGUACAUAUUUUUUAAAGUUUAUUACAUAUCUAUGUAGAUAUGCUUGCUGGAAAAGCUAGGUCUGUUGUAGACCAAAUGCUACAAAUGAAGACUUGUGGCUUACCAGUUUCUUUUCUAUAUUUUCUUGGAAAAUGUUUCUAGUUAGAGUUUAAAUAUAAAAUGUAAAUGCUGUACAGAUAUGUAUUGAUAUAAGCAUUACUUGGUGUACACAAGUGAUUUGCAUGACAAAUACUCUGUAUCAAUCAUUGUUAAAAAUGUAAUGUUCUGUGUAAAUCCACUGCAAUAUUAAUGUUGUCAUUUAUCAUUAAGACCUUUUGCUUAAACCUGGACAUUCUCAAAAAUAAAGCGUGGAACUAUA